AUGCCCUCCAGUCUGGAGCCUCCCGAUGACACCACAAGGGCAGUCCUAUUGGCAUGGAUCAAGACCUUUCCUGCCGUGUUGAACAAGGUCAAGUCAAUAGAAGACUUGACUGAUGGCCUUAUAUUUUCUGAUAUGCUGGAGGACUUCGACCCCGCAUAUGCCAUUAAGGAUAUUUCGAAAACAACGAGUUCUACAAAAUGGAUUUCCGCCAAACAGACCUUGGAGGCCGUUUACAAAAAUCUUCUGAAAUAUGCUCAUGAGCACUGUGAUAAUUGGGUGAAGGCAGCGGUUGUCGAAUAUCCAAUCGACUUCAAUGCUUUGGCACAAUACUCGGAUCCCACCGAAUCGACGAAGCUUAUAACCAUAUUCCUGUUGGUCGCCUUGAAAGGUCCUAAUCAGUUGAGAUAUAUCGAUCGUGUCCGAACGAAGCUAAGCCAUGAUAUGCAAUCAGUGAUCGCGACCCAUGUAGCCACAAUAGAGCAGGAUCUCUCAAUCGCUUUACCGGACUUAGAGGCUCAUCGCAUCGCCAAGCCAUAUGACGCCCUGGAUCUUGAGGAAAAGUAUUCUGCCGUAGCCAUGGAACAUGCAGCAUUGAAGAAACGUAAUGCUGACCUGAUCACACGUUUGGAAAAUCUAUCAGAAAGCCGUGAUCAUCUACUAGACGAGACUAAGGAACAAGACCGACUAAUCAAACAGCUACAAGAAACGGUUAAUCACGGAGGCAAAAGCGAGUAUAUUUCAAGACUCGAAAAGAGACUUGAAGAUUCGGAACAAUUAAUUGCCAACCAGGAACAGCAGCUUGAAGACGCUCGGGUAAAUAGAGAACUAAAGAACAAAGAGUUGGUAUCGAUUAAAAACACCCGAGAUUUGGAGACUCAAGACAGAUUGAAGGAACUCGAAGUCGAGAAUUCAGCUUUGUUGAAGAGAGCAAACAAGGUCGAACAUUAUGAAAAGAAACUUGCCCAGCAAAACGCUAUCGAAAAGGAAAACGCAAGACUGCGUGAGCAAUUGGAUGUGCUACAAGAAAACCAAAAGGAUUAUGACAAAGUUCAUAUGGAAAAUGAAUUGCUCAAAACAACUCGCAGAGAAUAUAUGAAAGUGCUCGAAGGACAAGAGAAUACCAUAACCGACCUUAAAAAUAAGGGUAUGGCUUUAGAAGAAGAACUUAGGUCGCGAAUGGAGGAGAUAGAACUUCAUCUUGAAAGGCAACGACAUGAUGAAAAGUAUAUCAACGAACUUCAAGAGCGCGUAGACUCACAUUCGCCAGAAGAGCCGUCGGGUGGUGGUUUCAGUCUUGAAGAUGAGCUUAAUCGAAGUGAUAGUCCAAACGAACCGAACCCAUCGCUUGAAAUAUCCAGACUGAAAGCGGAGUUACAGGUUCUUAAAAGCAAUGAAGGUGGUAAAGCUAAUGCAGAACUUCGAGCUGAGCUGCAGAAAGCGGAAAUGGAAAUCCGGAGACUUCGCGAGAAGACCCAAGAGUUGAAAGAGGCUCACGCCAUCUCUCAGGAUCAAAUUUCAACUAUCAUGGGCGACAGAUCUUUCCUCCCAACAGACGAAGCAGAACGAGCGAAGUCCUCUGGACAAUCACUAUACCGCGACGCCACAAAGGAGAUCGAGAGAUUGAAUCACGCGAUAAACGAGCUUACCGCCAAACUUACAAGCAGCGAGCGAGAUUUGUUAAGAGCACGGGCAGAUUUGAGUGCUAUGGAUUCCGAUGAAAUCACAGCAUUGGAACAGCUCAAGGAGGCCAAUGAAUUAGUAGCCUCAUCAUAUGAGAAGGAUUUGGCGCUUCUCCAAGCACAGCAUAAUGAUUUGAGAACAGAAUUCGUUGACCAACAGUCUCACCUUCUUGCAGCGUUAAAAUCCAAAGAUAAACUCUCGGAACAACUGAAGACUAUCUUCCAACACCCAUCAGGUUCUAUCGAAGGUACAGGCAAAGACUCCGAGCCUGCAACCGCUCUUGAUGCAUUGAAAGAGCAACUCCAAAAGAAAGAAUCGACCAUACAAGAGCUUCAACGAAGACUCGUCCUGGCAGAAGACCCAGAAGCGCAAAAGGCUGCAAAUGAUGUUUUGGUGAAGAACCUUACUCGCGAGAACACCCUGAUAGCCACUGCCUGGUAUGAUCUUACGAACAGAUUACAAAGUAAUCAUGUGGUGCUGCAGCGUAGACAAGAUGCUCCAAGAAGUUGGGUGAACAAACAACGACAACUUGUGAACUCAGGUCCAAGACGCUGA